UUGGAAUAUUGGGGGCAUCGGAAGGGGAAGAUAUGAUACCAUUGCAAAUGUCAAUGAUACAGCUAUGGGCUUUAGAAUCCUCAGACUGCAUGGCUAUGAUGUAUCAUCAGAAAUUCUGACAAUUUUUGAAAAUGAGAAAGGCGAGUUCUUCAGUUUUGCUGACAAAACACAUAGAGAAGUUGAAGGCAUGUUAAGUCUCUACAAAUGCUCCCUUAUAGCUUUUCCUGGAGAAAUGAUAAUGAAAGAAGCAAAAACCUUCACAGAAGCUUACCUUCGAAAUCUUCGUGAUACAAAGCAUUCUAAUGCUGUGGACUACGAAUUGAAAUAUGGAUUCCAUCGAAGUUUACCUAGACUAAAGGCAAGGUCUUAUAUAGAAGGCGUCUGGCUUGCAGAUAAUUCUUGGUUACCGAAUACCCUUUAUAAGUUGCCUUAUAUGAACAACUGCAAGUAUCUUGAGCUCGCUAAAUUGGACUUCAACGCAGUGCAAUCCAUUCACCAAAAAGAGCUACAACAAGUCCAUAACUGGUGGAUAGAUUCUGGCUUUAGGAAGUUGAAAUUCACAAGGGAGAGGCAUAUAGAGAUAUAUUUCGUUGUUGCAGCUGGCAUGUUUGAACCUGAAUAUGGUGACUAUAGAAUUGCGUUUACAAAAGUUGGUUGUCUUCUUGUUGUUUUGGAUGACCUAUAUGAUAAAUAUAGCUCUUCUGAUGAGAUUAUGUUAUUCAACGAAGCAUUUAACAGGUGGGAUUUAAAUAUAUUAGAUCACAUGCCAGAGCAUAUAAAAAUAUGUUUCUUUGGAUUAUACAAUACAGUUAGUGAGUUAGCAGAGAGAGCAUAUAAAGUGCAAGGAUGCGAUGUGCUUGAAUACUUCAAGAGAAUGUGGAAGGUUCAACUUGAAGCCUUCACCAAAGAAGCAGAGUGGUCUAAACAUAAGUACGUGCCUGGAUGGGAUGAGUACAUAAAUGUGUCCAAAGUUUCUGGAGGGUUUGGUAUAACUAUUAUCACUUCUAUCCACUUAAUGGGGGAAGUUAUUACCAAUAAUAUCUUGUUCCAAAUUGAUGAGAGAUCAAAAGCUCUCGAUCUUGUGUGCCUAACCACAAGGCUAGUCAAUGAUACCAAAACAUUCAAGGCUGAAAGAGAAUGUGGGGAGUUGGCUUCUACAAUAGAAUGCUAUAUGAAGGACAAUCCUAAUACGUCUGAAGACACAGCUUUAGAAAAUGUUUAUGGUAUCAUGGAAGAUGGACUUACUGAAUUGAAUAAGGAAUUGUUCAAUUGUACUCAACUGCCAAGUUGCUUUCAAAAUUUACUUCUCAAUUCAGCAAGACUGUCUCAGCUUCUUUACAUGCAAACAGAUGCCUUUAAUAGCUCUAUCCAAGAUAAGAAGUAUAUGGUGGAUAAAUGUCUUUUCCAAAGGAUCAAAUGAAAUUAACUAUGUUGGAGAAAACUACACAUCCAACAUCAACAUGUGUAAAUAUGUUAUAAAUAAUUUGAGGUGUUAAAUAAGU